CAAAAAAAUUGUUUAUUUUAAUAAUUAAAUGUUCUGUUGUACUCAUCUAACAUUUUCUUAAUGUAUACUUAGGAAUAAAAUAUACAUUUUGUUUAAAGUGCAUGAAAACAAGUGUCCUAAUAUUGAUGCUAAAUAUGUCAUUCUCUAUUUGUUUACGCCAGAUUUUAUUAACAUUCGCAUUAAUAAGUGUGUUAUAUUUAAGUGUAUUUAUAGUGGAAUGUGAGAGUAAAAAUGACCAAACACAAGGACUGAUUAAAAUCCCUGUGGGUGACAAUUUCACUGCUAAGUGCUUCUCAAGUGAUAAAAAUUCUACAUGGAAGUUUAAAGACAAAAUUUUUGAAUUAAGUACACGAUCAUCCGUAUCCAUCGAAAAAAACGUUAAUAACACCAAUGAGAUAUCAGAAAGACAUGAAGUGUAUCAAAUAACAUUACAUAUAUCCAACAUACAAAUUUCGGAUGAAGGCUUGUAUACGUGCGAAUCCAUAGAAACUGGUUUAUUAAAAAAAGUAUUUAUUCAGCUUUUUUCGCCACCAAAAAUUAGAGAAGUUAAUGGGCUAAAAGUGAAACAGAAAAUUGGAAAUCCUGUAAAAUUUUUUUGCGUUAUUGAAAUCUAUCCCCAAAAUACGACAUUAGAAAAACAACUUAAGUGGUUAAAAGAUGAAACCAUAUUCGAUUUUCUCGACCAAUCCUCAAAUAUUGAGAAAAUAAAUGUAACUCAUGUCAAUUAUACUCUUGAAUUGACCGAGGUAUAUAAAAAGGAAAAUGGCUCUUACGCAUGCGUUAUAUAUGCGCCAAGCGGCGAAGAAAUAACAAGGAAAAAUAUUGCUUUAUUGGUAAUGGAUGAACCCAAAGUAAAUAUUGAAUAUGUUAAAGCUGUAGGAGCUGGUAAAAUUUAUUUAAAUUGGACCGUUAAUAAUGGAAAUGAUCCAGUUCAGAAGUAUUUCAUUCAAUAUUUACAAGAAGGAAAUCCUGAACUUAGAUAUUACAAAGAUAUAAUUGGUGGUGGUAAUACAUCAUAUGUACUUGAAAACUUUUUUCCUAACACAAGCUAUAUUCUUCGAAUAUCGGCUAAGAACAGUAUUGGCAAUGGAGACGCUUUUCAGUAUCCAUUUCCAGUAAGAACAUUAGAAAAAGAUCCUAUUUUUAUACCAAAAGUAAAGACAACAGGAAGCACCGCAUCCACAAUAACUAUAGGAUGGGAUCCUCCACCUUUAGACUUAAAUCCAUAUGUGCAAUACUAUGAGCUUGUCGUAUCCGAGGCUGCUGAUGUUCCAAAAAUUGUUGAGGAAACUGUAUAUCAGCAAAAUUCUCGAAAUCUUCCCUAUAUGUUUGAUAAUUUAAAAACAGCAACCGAAUACGAAUUUAAAGUGCGAGCUUGCUGUGAUUUAACGAAGUUGUGUGGCCCUUGGUCAGAUGUUGUCAAUGGAACUACAAUGGAUGGCAUUGCAUCCAAACCAACAAGUCUACAGGUUUUAUGUAUUAAUCAUAAUGUGUCAAAGAUAAACAAAGUAGAUAUUGUUUGGAUGCACCCUGAAAAGCCAAAUGGAAAGGUUAUAUCAUAUCAAAUACAACUAGAGGGCGUAGCUACUUAUAAGUUGAAUGGAAAAAUGCAUAAUGAAACAUGGGGUCCAAAAAUUAGACGAAUUGAUGAGCCCAACUAUCAUACCACUUAUGAUGGUGUAGUUCCCAAUACUAACUAUACUGUAACAGUAUCAGCUAUAACACGACAUCGAAAAACGGGAGAAUCAGCUACUGGCAAAUGUACCAUGCCCGUCUCGGUGCCUGAAUCUAUCAGUCGUGUCAUGUGGACUAAAGUGCGUAUAAAUAGUGAAAAAUACGUACUCAAAGCAUUUAUACCAAGAGUAAGUGAAAGAAAUGGGCCAAUAUGCUGUUAUAGACUAUAUUUAAUACGAAUGAAAAAUAACAAUGCAGAAUUACCACCACCAAGUAAACUAAAUAUCUCGACUUACCAUGAAGUUCAUGGACCUAAUAAUACCAUCGGAGGCGUAUACCUAGCCGAAAUGUUUUCAGGCAAUAAUUUCAAAUCUGAAAUAUUUCUUGGUGAUGGCAAGCGUUAUUUUGAACACGAUGGCUUAAAAGCAGAUGAUAUGGACAAGGAUUGCAAUGAAUGUAUAGAUGGAAAACUUUCUUCUCUAAAAACCACCUUACUAAACUUUCCAACAGUUGAUACAAAUUCCUUAAGUUCUGCUGAGCUAAUUAACCACGAAGCAAAUACGGGUGCAAAUCUAACUGAAGAAGCGUCCCUUGUUAUUGACACGAAGAAAGUCAGUAAUUUGAAAGAACUGAAUGGAGAUGGGGAGAAUAUUGGAAGCACAAUGCCGAAUGUAAGAACAUCUUUUAAGGAUGCAUAUGUGGUAUUUGAUGGUGAAAUUGAUAUGAACAGCAACUAUACUGGAUAUUUGGAGGUUAUAGUACGAAAUGAAAGUUCUUUGCUAAGAUCGUACAGUAGCUACUUCGAGGUCAUUACACCAGGCGUUUCAGCGGAACAAUUGUUUAUAGAGGACGAUGUUGCAGUAGUAUUAAAUAUAGUUAUUCUGUUUCUGGCUAUUUUAAUUGGAAUCGUAUUAGUGUUUUUACUAAUAUUAUGUUUCGUUUAUCGGGUGAAUACAAAAAAUACUGGAAGUGCGGAGGAAGUUAUUAGUUUAAGGGAUUCUUUAAGCCGCGUACUUUUUGGUGGUAGAGCAAAUAGCCACAGGCAUUUCAUUGGCACAGCUAAUGGAAAAGUUGCUGACAUUGGACCAAUACAUAAAUCAGAUCUAUAUAUGUCAUAUAAAAAUCGACAUAAAGACACAGAUUACGGCUUCUUACGCGAGUAUGAAAUGUUACCAAACCGAUUUAGCGAUAGAACUACAAAAAAUUCAGAUUUAAAGGAAAAUGGGCCUAAAAAUCGAUAUCCAGAUAUAAAAGCGUAUGACCAAACAAGAGUAAAACUUUCACAAAUAAAUGCUAUUCAAGGAUCUGAUUAUAUUAAUGCAAACUUUGUAAUUGGCUACAAAGAAAGAAAGAAAUUUAUUUGUGCACAAGGACCCAUGGAAUCCACUAUACACGAUUUCUGGCGAAUGAUAUGGGAACAACACUUAGAGAUUAUUGUAAUGUUGACGAAUCUAGAAGAGUAUAAUAAAACAAAAUGUGCCAAAUAUUGGCCGGAAAAAAUUAUGGAUUUGAAGCAAUAUGGAGAUAUUUCUGUCAAAUUUGUUACUGAAAAAAAGAAUGGAGAUUAUUUAGUUAGAACUUUGGAUAUAUUUAAGAGAAAUUCCAUAAAUGAGGACGAAGAAGAAAGUCGACAGAUCACACAAUAUCAUUAUUUAGUUUGGAAAGACUUCAUGGCACCAGAACACCCACAAGCAUUAAUAAAGUUCAUUCGUCAUAUAAAUGCGGUAUAUUCAGUACAGCGCGGUCCAAUCUUAGUUCACUGUAGUGCUGGUGUUGGACGAACAGGUACAUUGGUAGCUUUGGACUCUUUAUUGCAGCAAUUAGAUGAAGAGGCUCAAGUUUCAAUUUUUAAUACUGUAUGUGACUUACGUCAUCAACGAAACUUCCUUGUCCAAUCUUUGAAACAAUAUAUUUUUUUGUAUCGAGCAUUAUUGGAUACAGCACAUUUGGGAAAUACAGAGAUAAAUGCUGUUGGUUUGUCGAGUGCCAUAGAUCAUCUUAAAUUGAAAGCUGAAGACGGAAGAGAAAAGUGCAAAUUGGAAGCGGAGUUUGAAAAACUGCAGACAAUCAACGAUGAAACUAACAAAUCAUGUUCUGUGGGUAGCAAUGAACAUAACUUAUUAAAAAAUAGAAGUGAUCUGGUUGUACCAUACGAUCGUAAUCGGGUUAUCUUGUCACCACUUCCACAUAAAGACAAUUCAACCUAUAUAAACGCAUCAUUUAUUGAAGGAUAUGAUAACUCAGAAAACUUUAUUAUCACUCAAGACCCAUUGGAUAAUACAAUAGAAGAUUUCUGGAGAAUGGUGUCAGAACAAAGCAUUACUACUAUAAUUAUGUUAUCUGAGAUUGGCGAAGGAACUCGAAGAUGUCCACGAUACUGGGCGGACGAUGAAAUUCAAUUUGAACACAUUCUUGUAAAAUACAUGCAAAGUGAAAGUUGUCCUUACUAUACUAGAAGAGAAUUUAAUGUAACAAAUUGUAAAAUUAAUGACACUAUAAAAGUGACACAAUUUCAAUAUAAUGGAUGGCCAACGGUGGAAGGAGAAGUACCGGAGGUUUGUCGGGGUAUAAUAGAAUUAGUUGAUCAGGCAUUAAAUCAUCACAGCAAAGAAAAAAAUGUUGGUUGCAAAUCUCCCCUUACUGUUCAUUGCAGUUUCGGUACAGAUCGUAGUUCCAUAUUUGUUGCUAUGUGUAUUUUAGUGCAACAGUUAAGGACUGAAAGAUGCGUGGAUAUUUGCACAACUACUAGGAAAAUCAGAUCGCAACGAUCAAGGCUUAUUGACACCUACGCACAAUACGAGUUCCUACAUAGAGCUAUAGUCAACUACGCAGAUCUUCAUAAAUUAUCCGAAUAAACAUGUAUGUACAAGCAAGCGUUGACAUAAAUAAUAUAAGGAGCCAUUUUUGCAUAUUCAUCAACUACUAUUUAAGAAUUUCUAAAAACUUAUUGUAAAAAAUGUCUUAAGUUAAUUUUGUAAAAUUAUAAUUACUUACUAUAAUAUAUUCUACAUUAUUGUAGAUAACAUACAUAAUAAGCAAGUAACCAAAGGACAACUCAAUGUAAAAUUUUAUAUGUAAAUCUAAUAAAAAUGUUUGAUACCA